AUGUCCACGUCUUCGUUUUUCCCGUCUGUUACCAAACUAUCGCAUAACGAAUCAUACCCCGCCAUAUCACCAUCACGUCCUGAGCUCUUAGUGAAAGGCAAGGCUGUUGUCAUCACCGGCGGUGGCAGUGGCAUCGGUGCUAGUAUCGCAAAAGCCUUUGCAGCAGGCGGAAGCACUAAGAUAGCUAUUAUCGGCCGGACUGAGACGAAACUUCUCGCGACCAAACAUGCCACCGAAGAGGAAUACCAAGAUACCGAAGUUCUGGCCGUGUCUGCCGAUAUCACCAACGCGAAACAGGUCGAUGACGCCUUCCUUAAGAUCAGCCAAACCUUUGGCAAGAUCGAUGUCUUGGUCUGUAACUCUGCGUCCAUGCCAAUUCCUCACCCUAUACUCAGCCCAGAUUUCGAUGUGCAGGACUGGUGGUCCACAUUCAACACCAAUAUUCUAGGAUCACUAUACACAGUUAAAGGAUUUGCCAGAUAUGCAGCAGAAGGAGCACAUAUUCUCAACAUCUCAACUUGUGUUGGCCACAUGCCGCCGCUGGAAGCUGGUGUGUCUGCCUAUGCUGCAAGUAAGGCCGGUGCAGCAAAGUUAUUCGACUACAUAACGUUCGAAAAUCCCGAGCUACACAUUGUCAAUGUUCACCCCGGCCUUGUUGAUACCGACCUGAGUCGCAAGAGCGGCCAUGGUGGCAUGGAUCACAUUGAUUUGUCUGGCCACUUCUGCUUAUGGCUGGUUAGCUCCGAAGCCGACUUUCUCAGGGGCAAGUUCGUAUGGGUGAACUGGGACGUAGAUGAAUUGAAGGCCAGAAAAGAUGAAAUUCUGAGCACCGAUCUCCUGGAUACGAAGCUCGGUGGAGUUUCCUUCGUAGGCUGGGAUGGGUCCCAGAAGCUGGGAGAGCUCUGA